AGGUAUUUCGACCAUUUUAAUCAUGAGAAUUUGCCCAACAAUUUUUGCAGUUUUGAUCUAUAUUCCUUGCGUUGGAACUCAACAAGCAUUUGCGUCAGUUUCGUAUUCAGCAAUCCAGAAAAUUAUACCACACGCCACAAAUGCCAAUACUUUUGCUCUAGCCCAGGGCUUAUUCCAAAACCGUGGAAAAUUCGCAGUCAUGAGACAACUUGUUAACAAAUUUUUCAAUCAGAACAAGGCAGGAAAACCGCAACCAAAAACACUUUCUUUGUAUGAUAAUUCCACGUAUAGCAAGCAGAAAAUGAUUGCGUUGGUUAAUAAUAGACAAGCAGUCACACAGUGGUGGAACCAAGAUAUGACGCCUGGACUGAAGAAGAUUUACAAUGCAGCUACAGCUUCCACUUACAAAGACCUCUACGCUUACUUUGACAAUCGUUACAUCAACAGUUUUUCCUACACACUUGCCUACUGGAUGCUUACAGUUUUGAUGAAGGACAUGUUUGAUGAAAGCUCCUUUAACAAAACAUCCGACCUAAUUCUGGAUUCAUUGACUGCUCGAUUGGAGAAGAACAGUGCUAUUGCAUUUGAAAUCUACACAGAGGCUUUUGAGAAAAAUCAUAAUCAAACAUUGAUGAAGGGAAAAUGGUAGAUGCUUGAGUAAAAAUAAUGUAGUUGAAAUAAAUACAUUUAUGCGAAAU